GUCCUUUGGGUUUGGUUGCAGUCGUCUGUUUUUUUUUAUAUGUCCUUCUUAUUUCGAAUAUGGCUACUUUAUUUUUCGAGUUGGAUUUAAUUUUUUUCAUGAUAAUUCCAAAACGUUUUCACGGUGUUAUUAUCGAACAAGUGACGAAAAGCCUAACGAAGGAAUUAUUAGUAUAGUGUAAAUGUUAACGAAUUUUUUGUGUCUAAUUGUAAGAUGCAUUAUACGAUCCUUUUCAUUAAUGUGUACGAAGUGAAAUCCGUUUUUACUGAGUUAAAAUCGUCGAAAGAUUUUCAGUGAUAUCUUACGAUAGAUUUUCAGGGUGUAUUCUCUCAGUGUCAUUCACUAUUUUUAUUUCUCUUUUUUUUUUCAUUUUUUUUCCUUUUUUCUUUUUUUUUUUCCUUUUUUUUUUUUUUUUUUAUUUUUUUAUUUCUUCGACCGUCAUCAGUGAUACAAGAUAAUUAGGAAUUAUAUCGAAGAAAUAGAGAAAGACGUGCGACCAUGCGAUCGUUCGAGCAUCGAAGUCAAUAGCAUGAAUGUUUUGUAUGCCAUCCGUACGGAGAGCUCGAUGCGUGGAUAAGAAAGUACUUUUUUUUAUUCCGACGAACAAAAAUCAAAUUGUUCGUUCGACUCGCGGAGAAAAAGAAAAUUUGAUUUCAAUUAUCUUGUACGUAGAAAAAAUCAGAUUUAUUUAAAAAAAAAUAUAUGAUCGUACGGGGCACAAUUGCAACGAGACAGUUCGAUAUCUAGAUAGUAGAACGUCUUUUCUUGCACUGAUAUAUCAAGUAGAAAGAAAAAAUUUUAUUACGAAAUAAGAAGAAACGGCGAUUAAAAUUACCGCCGUUUCGGAACGUAUAUUUUCUUUUUUUUUCCCUCUAUUAGGCAGGUGGCGCUGAUCAUUGGCCCGGUUCAAAAACGCGCCAAUCGACCUUUUUUUUUUGCGACGUUAAUAAACGAUUCGUUCGAAGCGCGGUUUCGAAAACCCGCUUAUUAUCGAGAAUACCAUCGACGGUAUAUGAGAACACGAUUAAAAAUUUCGAUCGACGAAUUUCGAGUGGAUAUCUUUCGUACAUUUCGCGAACGAUGUAACCUGAUUAAUAGUGAUGUAGUUGAGAUUUUUUGUUGAUUGGAAUUCGUCGUGGUAAAGUGUACGUACUUGCGUGCGUAUUUAGUGUGUGGUGUGCGUGUGCGUGUGUGUAUUUGUGUACGCGUGUGUGGUUGUGCGGUGCGUGUACGUUCGUGUCUUCUUUCAUUAUAUUUCAUUUCAUCAUUUAUCAUCGUUCUUUUCUAUGAUGGAUACAAGCUGAACGAAUAUUCAUUUAUCCGUUGGAUUCUUCUUUCGGAAAGGACUACUUUCGACGGGCAUGUAUGGCUGGUGCGUGGCUGGAAUGGCAGAAAAGUUACGCGAAGCUUGCGUCCGUGGCGAGGCCGAACGUGUCGCACGUCUUCUCGACGAAGGGAUCAAACCACAGCCAGACGAGAAUGGACGAAGUCCUUUGCUAUUGGCUGCAGCACUCGGCCACACUGACGUCUGUAAUGCUCUUCUACUUCGUGAAGCCGAGGUUAAUGCAGCCGACUCGGAAUCAAGCACGUACCAUCGAGCCGCCUACUUAACGGAGAUAAUUUUAUUUUCACGACUAUGGAAGCACGAGUCAAGAACGAACCGCACAACGAAGGAAGCAAAUUAGCCGACGACACCAUUAAAAGCCUGACGUAUGCCCUUCGUAUGCGCCUCUGUCAUCUCUUACAACCGCUUGUAUUCUUCUCGUUUAUUUAGCGGCGUGACUCCUCUACAAAGGGCAGCUGCCGAAGGCCACUUAGAGGUGGUUGAGCUACUCCUCAAGCAUGGAGCAGACGUCGCACGGCAGGAUACGCUUCAUGGAAACUCGGCUUUGCACGAAGCCUCAUGGCGAGGAUACAGCCGGACUGUUGCUGCUUUGGCUAAGGCCCUCGGGACUCAACGCGCUCCUUUGCACGCGAGGAAUCUAGCUGGAUUUGCGCCGCUUCACCUCGCUUGUCAAAAUGGCCAUAACCAAAGCUGUCGAGAACUUCUUCUAGCUGGAUGCAAUCCCGAUCUUCAAAACAAUUAUGGAGACACGCCACUUCAUACAUCGGCGCGUUACGGUCACGCAGGUGUUACGCGUAUCUUAAUAUCGGCGCUCUGCAGGGUCUCUGAACAAAAUAAAAACGGUGACACGGCACUCCACAUUGCCGCAGCGAUGGGCCGUCGGAAGUUGACGAGGAUACUUCUUGAAGCCGGUUGUGAUAGGACGCUGCGAAACAAGCAGGGCGAGACAGCGAAGGAUAUAGCUCGUCGCAAAAACCUGACGGAGAUACUCGAGAUAAUCGGUAAGGCAAGGAGCAAGAGUAGAGCCCGUAGCAAAAGUCGGGACGAGGAAUCGAGUAACGACAAGGUCGAUGGCAGUGGUGGCAGUGCUGUCGCUGCUAAGUGCGAUAGAAACGAAAAGAAACGGGAAAAGACUGGUAGCGGUACCAGUGGUAGUAGGGAUGGUUGUACGAUCAAGAAGGAAAAGAAGAAACAUAAAGGAGGUAGUGCCGGUAGCGGCGGAAAGACUCACAAAGUACAUUUUGAAAAGGCUGUGAUGGGAAGACAAUGGUCACCUUAUGGUUGCCAUUAUUAUCCAGAUCCAGAUUCUUUUCCACAGCCAAGAUUAGACUCGUUACCACCUGACCCAUUAGGAAGGGGUGAACAAUAUUAUCUAGACUUGGCUGGUAAUAUAAGAAAGGGUCCGGUUGGUGUAGGGUAUACUUGUUAUUGCGCACCUUUCUUCAGGCAUAUGGAGGCAAAAUUAGAAAGAGAUAAGGCAGAAUUGAAGGCACAUAUAGAUCAGGCACAUGAAAGAUUGGAUUUGAAAGUGGCUAAUCUCGAGAGAAGAACCCGCGGACAGAUUUCCGAAUUAACUAGAUGCGUAGCAGCUGAAAGAGCACGUUGCGACGAAAGACAUCAACAUCUUCAACAGAAAUUAUCACGUGGUGGUAGAGGUAGGCACAGUGAAAGACCAGCUAGAACGUCGAAUGUCGACGAUCAAGUACCUCCUACUCGUGCCAGAUCUCUCGAGGAUUUACUUGAUGAUAGACCACAGGAUAGAAGCUUUGAAAUUCCUGGUGAAACUCCUGUUUAUCGAGGUAGUCUUGAUGAUUUAGAUAUUCCUGCUAUACCUAGGCUAAGCAAAUCGAUGAAGGAUCUUCCUUCGGGAUCGGGUAUGGCUAGGUCGACCUUGAGAGUACUUGACGUUCCAGCAAGAUUGAAUGAGACUUUCGACGGUGUCAUCAGGCAAGAUCGUAGCUCUCCUCUUGGUGCAGCAUCAUCGCCGUCUAUGGGCUCGAGACAACAGACUCGUCGGCAACGGACGUCUCUCUCGCAGGAACAGGGUACUAAUAUUAGCCAGGAAGAAAAUAACGCGACUCGUAAAAAUGGCGAAGAAAAUUCAGGAGAAUGGAGAUCGUCACCGAGUCGUCGUAGCGUUCACGAGAUGAUCAAACGAUUUCAACAAGUACCUGGCAUGCAUAAUGGCUGGCGUGGACAACGUUCUGGUAGUAGCGAACCUACCAGCCCGGAACACAGUCAGUGUUCACAAAACAAAAGGAUUCAACCACAGGGUGGUGUAGGGAAUAACUGGCAUGGUGAAGGUGAAGGUAAUAACAGUGAAAGUAGCGAGGGAGAGGAUGACAUGGAACAACCAGAAGCCCUAAAAGGAAAUGUUUCGAACAAAGGUGUUAUACAAGAAGAUGUUCAUUACGACAGCAUAGCCAGGAUGCCUUACAGAUCGCGUAGUGCUGUUUAUAGUCCUACUCCACUCUUACACGAUGCUCACAAUGAUUCUGGAUAUAGUACACGUAUGUAUGGAUCGAGUAAAGGAGCCUCACCUUCUCUCUCAGGACAAUUAGAAUGCGAUGUUAUUCUACCACCUUCCCAAGGAGGUGCCUUCCCAAGUGGAGAACAAUUGGCUGCCUUAUUGGAACAACCAAGAGGACAUGAUUUAACUGUAUACGAAAGAGGCGCAGACAAUGUUGUCAUUAAUAUAGGAACUGCGAGUCUCGUUUAAUGUAAUUUUCUUCUGUUUUUUUUGUUUCUUUUUUUUUUUUUUACGAGAUUUAUCACAAAUGUGAACGUGGAACUUCCAAAGAUGACGCAAAAUCGGGCUCGCUCGUAAUUUUGUGAACUCGUCAUUAGCGAAAGGUAAUUCAUACAACUACGUUCUCUUCUAUAGACUUAUUCGCGUACCUUCUCAUUAUUUUUUAAACGUUGUCCAAUACGUGCUCAUUUUUGUAGAAUAAUAGCAAUUACAAACGAUUUCUUUUACAUAUACAUAUAUAUAUAUAUAUAUAUGUAUAUAUAUAUACCUGUGUUCAUAUUUUUAUAUAAAUAUUAUGUUAAAAAGAGAGAUCGAAAUGUUAGUUGUUUGUAAUUUGAGUACAAAUAUAAGAGUUUUUGUUCAUCAUAUUAACGUAGUUACGAAUAAUCUUCGAUCGUCGUGUGUGUAGUAGAAAUUUAAUUCUGUUUGUUGCCAUGCAUCAAAAGAAAAAAAGGAAAAAAAAAAAAAAAAAGAAAAAAAAAAAAAGAAAGAAAAAAAGGAAAAAAAAAUAUAUAAAUUAAGAAUAUUUAUUGCGCUACGCGUGCAUGUGUGUGUCAUACUAUGUACAAGUUUUCUUCGAUCUAAUUUUUAGAUUAUCUUAAUGCAAUAUAGAAAUAUAUGGAUGACAUUGUAUUUUUUAUGCUCCUAAUAAUUGAUACAAUGUGUCUUUUAUUACACAUUAAAGAAUAUACCGAUGCUUCGUUCUUUCAGUAUCAGAAGUGAAGUCAGAGAUGGAAGAGUGAUAAAGAGGAUCUCCCAUUAAUGUCAUUGAAUUAGAUUUGUAAAUUUUCACGACUACAUAAUCACCAGCUUCUAUUUUUCUUUUAGUAGUUGAAUGUUCACUGACAGGUAUACUGGCACAAGGAAGUAAAACUCUUAUAUUGUUAUCAUUUCUUCCUUGAAGUUUCUGAUCACACUUCCUGCUCACCUACCAAAAAUAAAUGUACACAUAUCUCAAUCUAAUAAAUAUCUUUCACAUUUGUACUGAUAUAUAUAUAUAUAUAUAUAUA